AUGGAAGUCAAGAUUGGCGAAUCUCACCACGUCGAUGUCAAACUCAAGCAGAAAUUCAGCAUCUGGAGUACGCUUGGUGUGAGCUACUCCGCCACAUCCGCACCGAUUGCCAUUGGAACCUAUCUUUCUGUCGUGGUAGGAGUUGGUGGCAGCCCGGUCUUCUUCUUCGGUUUCAUUCUGUGCAGCAUUUUUGCCAUGAUGAUUUGCCUCGUCCUGGCAGAAAUGUCUGCGGUGUACCCGCAUUCAUCAGGCCAGAUUUUCUGGACCGCCGAACUGGCUCCCAAGAAGUAUGCCCGCGGACUCAGCUACGUUGUCGGCUGGCUUGCCAGCGCUGCCUGUUGCCUCAUUACCUCUCAACUGAUAUGGGCCUUGGUCGCCAUAUGCCAUUCGUCGUUCGUCAUAUUGCCAUGGCAUUACUGGAUUAUAUACCUACUUUGCGCACUAUUCGCUCUCGCCAUCAACUGGCCAUUCUUCAAGAUCUACCCGGCUUUUCUCAAGAUGCUGGUCGUUUUCAUCAAUGUGGGGACAAUCAUCGUCAUGGUUGCUCUUCUGGUGCGGGCACAUCCAAAACAGAGUGCUAAGUAUGUCUUUGUCGACAUCGUCAACUACACUGGCUGGGACUCUAAUGGAGUGGUUUUCUGUCUUGGCUUGCUUCCUGGACUUACCGCGGUCACUGCCUUUGACUCUGCAGCACAUCUCUCGGAAGAGAUGCCUCGACCGGAUCGCCAAGUGCCACAAGUCAUGAUAGGGAACGCAGUGCUCAGCGCCAUCAGUGGUCUGGUCAUGAUACUGGUGUACAUGUUCUGUGUGACAAACACCGAAAAUCUACUCACUCCAGUCGGUGGCGAACCUAUCGCCCAACUUCUUCUGGACUCUUUGGAUUCAAUGGGGUUGACCAUCGUAACCAUGCUGAUAUUCAUCCUGGUCCUGCUGUUCGCCUGUGCCACCCUCAUGACCGCGUUUAGCAGAGUCUGGUGGUCAUUUGCAAGAGAUGGCGGUGUUCCCUUUUCCAAAAACCAGGGAACCGUCAGCAGCCGCUCACGCUUGCCUGUCAACUCUUUGUUGUUCGGUACCGUGGGAGUCGCUUUGAUUGGACUCAUUGAACUUGGAUCUGCCAUUGCGCUCAACGCAAUUCUCGGCGCCGGUACCGCGUUCUUGUUCUUGUCCUAUGGUGUUACCAUACUGGCUGCACUGAUGGGUGGCCGACGCCAGUUGCAAAAGCCGCAUUACAUCAAUCUCGGCCGCCCUGCCGGACUGGUCUUGAGUGUCUUAUCGGUUAUCUGGGUCGCUUUCAUCACUGUUUGGCUGUGUAUGCCUUAUUAUAUGCCGGUCACUGGAGACUACAUGAAUUACACCUCUCCCGUGUUCGCUGCGACCGCAAUGAUUGCGGGAUUGAAUUGGGUGUUUCAUUCACGCAAGAAAUACACGACCCCUGAGCGGGUCAUGGAUCAUGGUGUACUCCUCACUUCGGAGUAA